AUGGUCGUCCUUUGUACAUCCUGAGGUUGGGUCAGAUGGACACCAAAGGACUGGUCCGGGCUCUCGGAGAGGAGUCUCUGCUCAGACAUGUGCUGUCUAUCAACGAGGAGGGUCUGAGACGUUGUGAAGAGAACACCAAGGUGUUUGGCCGACCUAUCAGCUGUUGGACGUGUCUGGUGGAUCUGGAGGGGCUGAACAUGCGUCACCUGUGGCGACCUGGAGUCAAAGCGCUGCUGAGGAUCAUCGAGGUUGUGGAAGCCAACUACCCAGAGACUCUGGGACGGCUUCUCAUCCUGAGAGCUCCCAGAGUGUUUCCUGUCCUAUGGACUCUGGUGAGUCCGUUCAUUGAUGAAAACACACGCAAGAAGUUCCUCAUCUAUGCAGGCAACGACUAUCAGGGCCCUGGAGGGCUGGUGGAUUAUAUAGACAAGGAGAUCAUCCCUGACUUCCUCGGAGGAGAGUGCAUGUGUGAGGUACCAGAAGGAGGCCUGGUUCCUAAAUCGAUGUAUCGCACAGCCGAGGAGCUUGAGAAUGAAGAUGUUCGCCUGUGGACUGAGACAAUCUAUCAGAGUGCAAGCGUCUUCAAGGGAGCUCCGCAUGAGCUUCUGAUUGAGAUCAUUGAUGCCUCCUCAGUCAUCACCUGGGACUUUGACAUGUGCAAAGGCGAUGUGGUUUUCAACAUCUACCACUCUAAGCGGGCUCCUCAGCUUCCACGCAAAGACCCCACGGGAACCCACGGCAUCACAUCCCCGGGAGGCAACAACGUGCAGCUCAUCGACAAGUCCUGGACACUGGGACAGGAUUACAGCAUGGUGGAGUCUCCGCUCACCUGCAAGGAGGGCGAGAGCGUGCAGGGCUCCCACAUCACCAGGUGGCCAGGUUUCUACAUUCUUCAGUGGAAAUUCCACAACAUGCCAGCCUGCUCAGCCACCAACCUGCCGCGAGUGGACGACGUGCUGGCCACCCUGCAGGUCUCCUCGCACAAGUGCAAAGUCAUGUACUACACCGAGGUGUUGGGCUCUGAGGACUUCAGGGGUUCCAUGACCAGCCUGGAAUCCAGCCACAGCGGCUUUUCUCAGCUCAGCGCUGCCACCACAUCCUCCAGCCAAUCGCAGUCCAGCUCUAUGAUCUCCAGGUAGAAACAGGAAGUUGAGAACUUCAGUCUCUACAUCCCCCUCCCAAACCCCCUACCCCCUGUCAGCCCUUAAAAUCAACACCGAAGCCAACUCUCCUUCUUCCCUUCCUCAUCAUCGUCUUUGGACUCUGUUCCUUUUUGCACAGACAGUCUUUAUGGAACUGAAGCAUGCUUGCACAAACAGAAGACAAAGAAUAAAUCUGAGGCAAAAAAAAAACAAAUGAGACUGUGUGUACAGUUUUAAGGGCUGAUUUUUUGCACAAAGGUCAUAUAUUUUUUGUGCCUGGCAUCUCUGCCGGGCAGCAUUUUGAAUUUAGUAGAAUGUUUGCUUACGUCAUGUCCUGUACAGGGUGGAAAAGUUAACGGUCAGGAGGUGAAUUUGCUGUGCUUCUGUGGCACUGGAAGCAGAAAGAAGCAAUAUCCUCACCCUAGAACCUACAGGACCAGAUAAAGACACUGGAGGCGCUGUUACGAAUAUGCAUUAACAUGUACACCUGCUUUUACAGUACUGAGACAACUUAUACCUUGUCCAUGGAUGAAAACUGGACGUGCUGUUACAUACAAACAUACCAGAGGGGUUUGUUCAGUCUGGUGACUUGUUUAAAGUGUGUGUGGGUGGGUGAACUCUUAAACAAUGUAGAAUAACACCUGCAUCUAUUUACUUCUUCAUGGAGUUAGGGAGCAGGUGGAGUUUACGAAAUAAUGGCACUGCAGAUGCUGUAAAAAUAACAUUCAUAAUCAGUUGUUUUUCUGCAGCUGAGAGAGUUGUAUGACUUUCUUUUUGUUGCUCACUUGGCAAACCCCCUUUCAUACAUCUCACGAGGGCUUUUUUUCAUAUCAUGAAAUCAUCUGAACAUUUGACUUGGGUCUGACUCUUAGUGAAGCAAUCUGCCUGAAGCAAUAACAUGAGUUUGAUUUUUUUUCAAUGUGUGAAAUAUUUCUAUUUAUCAUGAAACAUGUGUGUGGAGGAUCAUGGGUGCUGAUUGCAGAUGAACUUUAAAGAUGUGUACAGACAGAAAGGCAAACUGAGCCAGUAAACUGCUAAACUUUGUGGCAACAACUUGAUCACUUUUUUGUCUAGGUUUUCAUUCUGUCAGGAGAGGAACAAAAAAAACAAAAAACUAGCCAGCUUUUCUCCUGGACAUGUUUAUUUUCCUCGGAAUGACCACAGUUAGCCAGCUCUCUGUGCAGCGUCUGCAUUAUUAAAGGAACUCGACUCAAAAUCAAGUCGAGAGGGACAUGCCUUGUCACUGAUUUGUGAAUGUGCUACUGAUUGGCUAGUGCUCCCCAACCAUUGAAACUCGUUACAUUUGAAGGUUUGGGAUGUUAUUGAGAAGGACUGCUAUCAUUCUCUACUCUUUUUUUUUUCCAGUGUGAAUUAGAGUUGUGUGCGUUAGAGAUGAAUGUUACCUUCAGCUUAUCAUUUAAAGUUGCACCAGUAGACCACAUAUUGAUACUGUACAUGUCCUAGUGUUGGUUGGUGUUUGUUACUGAUUUUUAUUUUCCUUUUUGUUUUGGAGAUGAGUACUUGACAGGAGGCUGCAGUGUGGUGUUACUGCAUGCUCAUUUGGUGAUUGGGUUCACAGAUCAUUGAUAUAAAGUUUAAGAUUUAGCCAUUUUAAGAGUCAUGUGUCAAUAAAUACCAUUUUAGCCUUUGUAAGCAUCACUUAGACGAGUUCCUGCUUUAUUCAGGGUCAUCACUGUGAUAGAUGAGCAAUUGUAAGCUGAGUGAACAGUUCUAUUUGCAACACAAACAUGCUUUUUCCUGAAUCGGUUUAUUCAGUUGAUGACUUAACUAAGAUCUCACUCCCUGUAAAGGAGAAGAAAUCUCAGCCAUUGCUGAUGCUGUUACCGUGGUUAUGGAGUGGAGCUGACAAUACAAAAAGAACGGAGAAGGAGAGGUUUUUCUCUUGAAUCAUGCUUCUGAAAAUACUGUCCCUGCCGAUUGUUUUUGAUACAUAUUAAUGAAAGGUCAAAGGUCAACUUGUGGUAACGAUGUCAUUAACUGCAAUAAUAUGAAAUGCUUUACUGAGGAAAAGGGACCUCUAAAUAUUGUGGGCUAUGAAGUGUGUAUGUUGGUGUAAAAGGGUGAAUGUUGGAAACAGUGGGAUUAAAGAUCAGCCUGUAAAAAAUAAAUAAAUGGUGUAAACACUCCCUUUGCCCUGAUCAGCAGGUGUGCUUCUCUACGCUCUCUUCUUCUAAAGCAUGUGUAGAAACAGCACGACUAACUUAACUUCACCUGCUUAGUAGUAGACUUAGUUUCUAUUUUUCAAUAGUUUGACUGAUGAUGAUAACAACUGAAACAAAUAUCAGUUCCAGACUGAACUACUCUAUACUUCACUCGUAUCUCUGUCUCUCUCUCUCUCCUCUUUGUCAUUUGUACACUCCAGUUUGCUGUUUUGCUUUGAAACAUGUUUUCACUGCGUAUAUCAUAGGAAGCAGAGUGGGACUUGAUUGAAGCCAUAGGAGAAAAGAAGUUUCAUUGAUAUUGUUUGGUAGGCUUACAUUAAGUGAUACAAACACCACACACCUCCCUUAUUCUACUGUCUCUCCUGCCUCUCUGACUUUAGCUCUUACAGUUGUGUCCAUUUUCAUCAAGAUCUCAUUGACAAAUGAGGGCUAUAACUAUUUGUCUUGAGUGUUCAACAUAUUUGUCAUUUUCUCCUUUUUCAGAAAUCAUUGCAUAUCUUCACUUUACCUUGAUGUGAUGAAUUGUGUAACAAUGUCAUGUUUGGACUAAUAAGAAUAUUGCGCCUUUACAUUUUUUUUUGAAAACAUUAAACUUGAAUUAUGAGAAAAUACAAA